GUUGUGAAUGAGAAUUCAGUGCGUUCGCAUGCACGUGUAGGCUGGCAAAGAGGUCCAUUAGGGAGCCAACCGUCGACAUCGCAUCGGUGGUGGUGUGUUCGCGCAAGUGGUUCGACGUGCGCGCGGUUUUUGUAACCAGCGAGAUCGUUCUCGCGUUUUGUUUAUUUUAGUGUGUGCUGUUUUUUUUUGCACUCGCGUCUCCGGUGUGUCUCUCGGUCAGAGUGUUACGCAUACAGUUAACGUGUUGCAAUUAUUCGAGGGCAAAUUGUGUGCGAGUUUGAAAAGAGCAAUUUCCUCUGUUAGUGAGGUGAUAGAGCGUGAUUUUUACGACCGAAAGGGCUCCUUAAUAGGUCCUCCAAACCGUGAACCUAGUGUUACUCUCAAAUGUCCAAAUAAACGUCAAAGCACGCGUGGUAAAUGUGUGAGUGCGUGUCCGUACGAACGUGUGUAUCCAUGUGUGCGUGUGUAUCUAUGUGUAGCGUCCGGUAAGCCACAGUGAGCGAGGGUGUGCAGCAGCAACGGCGGCGAACAUCAUCGUAACCGCAACAGCGGCCCCCGGCAGCCGCCACCAUCCCACCGCCUACUCCGGCACCACCAGCGCCCCCGGUGGCGGGAACCGCAAGCUGAGCUUCAACAUCGGCAAGAUGGAGCACGCCGAUUUAGUCGCCGAGAUGGCUCAGGUCGAGCAUCUCUCCACACAGGACCGGCUGCAUCUCGCGCGCAUGCGCCGAGCACAGCAGUUAAAGGUUGCAAAACAGAAGGAAAAAGAAUGGCUCAAAGCGCAGCGGAGUCGGGAUCGGAUGGGCACACAGACGUCCUCGUACAAACGGCACAUCACGUUCGAGGACAGUGUCGUGCUGCUGGAAGCUGCGGCACGGAAUGACAUAGCAGAGGUGGCCAAACUCCUCCAGAAGGGUGUUACACCGGAUGCAACGAACAUGGAUGGACUGACGGCACUGCAUCAGUGCUGCAUCGACGACAAUGCGGAAAUGUUGAACCUGCUCCUCGAUUACGGUGCGAACGUGAACGCACAGGACAGUGAACGGUGGACGCCGCUGCAUGCCGCCGCCACCUGCGGACAUCUGAAUCUGGUAAAGAUAUUGAUCGCACGUGGUGCGAACCUGCUGGCGGUCAAUGCGGACGGUAACAUGCCGUAUGACAUCUGCGACGAUGAGGAGGCGCUCGAUUACAUCGAGGCGGAAAUGUCGAAGCGGGGUGUGACGCAGGAGCUGAUCGACGAGACGCGGGCGGCUACCGAAACUCAGAUGCUGCACGACCUGCAGGACAUUGCGCUGCAGGGUGGCGAUUUAGAAAUACCGGAUCCGCAGGGUGCAACGCCGCUUCACAUAGCAUCCGCCAACGGGUACACGCGGGUCGUCGAGUUCCUACUGGAGCAUCACACAUCGACCGAUGCUGUCGAUAACGAUCUCUGGACACCGGUACAUGCAGCUGCCUGUUGGGGUCACCUGGAAGUCCUUGAAAUGCUUGCCCAAAGUGGAGCCGAUUUGAAUGCCAAAAAUAAGAACGACGAAACACCUUCCGAUAUUUGCGAAGAUCCAGAAAUACGAGAACGAAUAGAGCAGCUGAAGACGGAACAGGAGAGCAAACGGUUAGCUGAGGCGCAACGCAAACGUGUCCGGCGAUCGCAGAGCAACAACACGAGGGCACAAUCCGUGAGACGAACAUCAUUGCGCGAUAAGGGCCUAACGACUAAGAAGGAUGCUGUGGAGGAGGCCCGGUUCCGACUACAAGCGCAAGAGGGCUACACAACCCCGGACGGUGUGGCAGCAGCGACGGCAACCGCGACAACGAUCGCAACCGCAGCCGCGACAGCAAACGGUGACAAUAACAAUCAGUCAUCGUCCACCGCCUCGGUUUCAUCCUCCUCCGUGCGCACUAACGCAUCCUCCCAGCAUGCCAACAGCUCCUCCGCAUCUUCCACCACCACCACCUCCUCCACCACAAGCACGUCCAACAGCACAACCACCAACAGCAGCAGCACUACCACCACCAUCAUCAGCAAUGGCAACAGCAGUAGCAAUAACAAUAAUCAUCCCCAUCAUCACAACCUCCAGCAUCAGAACCAUCACAACGGCAACGGUGUUGCCACCCAUCUGAUGAUGAACAGUGUAAAUAACAACAGUCUCCCGAACGGUGGACCGAUCAUGAACGGUGGUAGCGGUGGCGGUGGCGGCGGUGGGCUGAGCAACAACGUGCGCCACCUGAACAGCAUCAACAACAACCAAAGUAGCAGCCUGCAGCGGCACCAGCAUCAGCGGGGCAAGAACACCGGGUCGCCGGUGAGCGGCGGCGGAUCGCCGACCCUCAACCAGUACGAUCGGCGCUCGCCGGACGGUAAGGAUAACGAUGAGACGUACCUGAUCGAGUCGAAGGGUAUCGGGUCGGCCGGUCCCGGCACGGGUGUUGGUGUUGGUGGUCUAGUCAGCAAUCAUAAUAAUAGCAAUGGUGGUAUGGGCGGAGGCGGCCAUCAUCAUCUGCACCAUCACGGUUCGGUUAACAUUCCAGCGGGAGGAGGCGUAGGAGGGGGCGCCCUGUCGGCGGCCACUGUGACCGGGGGCAGUGGUGGGGGUACGACGGCCGCCGUUGCAGCCACCACCACCGCCGCCGAGGUGUACUCCACGUCCAACAGCGAGAACGGCAAGAUCAACGUCCAGGUGACGGUCCUAGUCGAUCCCUCUGUCGCAGGCACGCUGGCCGAUCUGAAGAAACACCGGUCCCAGAAUCGCUCGAGCGUCAGUCCGGAGAAUGGGUCCCUGCUCAGCGGUACCGCACCGAGCCUGGCGGGCAGCAUCGGCAAUGGAACGGGUGGUGGCAACGGUACCACCACCCCGAACGGCGCUAGUUCCGGUACGCCCCUGGAACUGUCGCUCGUCUCGAACGAACUGCAGCAUCACCAUCAUCACCAUCUGCAUCAUCCGGCGCACGGUUCGCCACAUCUCAGCAAUCGGCACCACCCGUACGGUGAUGGCAGUUCGAUGGUCGGCACCGGAAACGGAUCGCUGCACGGUGGCGGCGGCGGUUCGGUGGUGGCAACGAUCGGGGAAAGUGAACCGGGCACACCGGGCGGUACGCUGUCGAAGUUUAGCGGCAACACCAGUGACGUCGUGAGUGACAGCACACGAUCGAGACGAUGCUGUGUGGUGAUGUAAAACAAAAAAAGGGGGAGACGAGAAUUCUUGACACGCAAAUACGCCGCCAUGCUCCCACGCAUACGGACGGACAGGCAGGAGAGAUAGACGAAAGCAUUGCGUGGUGUAAAUUUCCUAUCGCAAUGGUAAUGAUUUCUUCGCCCUACCUCUGGGGCUGUCACGCGAUUCGAUGAGUAGCCGUUAGCGCCAUCUAUGAAGCGAUAGCGCAAGCUACCAACAGACAGACAGCAUGCUGUGAGUUUAGUAGCGUGGCGGGUGAUGAAUGCUGUCAGCUAAAGGUUCUGAACUACGAUAGCUUUCAAGCGUGGAAAUGGAAGGAAAAGGAUCAAGUAAGCACGGAAAAGCCCUGACUGAGAUAGAAAGCAAUGCAACAAGAGUACUUAACAUCACUGGUAAAGAAAGGAGAGAAAAAAAAACAACCCCACAAACACACUAAUAUAAAGCAAUCGGGUUUUGUAUGAAAAUUCAAAUCAUUCAAACGAUAGAAGGGGAAGUGAAUACAAAUCAAAAGAAAAAAAAAACAAAAAACAAGAAAGGAUAAGAAAAAUUGUGAAAUUGUAAACGAAAGAACUGAACAGAAGCAUAUAGCUAGGACCAUGGAAUGGAGAUUAACAAAGGAAAGUCAUUGGAAGGAUUGAUUAGCAAAUAGACUUUUGCUAUCACACACGAACAAAUGGGAGGGAGGAAAAAAACACUCACACACAGACAGACAGACACCGUUCAAUUGUGAUGAUCCACAUUAGUUAAACCUCCGGAAGUGCUCUGCCGGAGGAUGAGGUUGUACAUAGGAUUAUUGUUAUUUACAUUAUUACUAUUGAUAAUAAUUAUUAAUUAUUAUUAUUAUUAUUACUGCUACCUAUUUUCCUACCGUCGGCCACACAACUUACGCCAAUCAGCAGCAAUACGAAAAGAAAGGACAAUUGUUGCUCCUCACAAUCACAUCCAGUGGUAGCGAUAGGCCGCGAUGUUUCACAUCACAUAAAAUACACAGAUCAACACACACACACAGUUAUUAUCAGGGUUUUGUUUUUCGUCACCUUUUUUGUUUUUUGUUUCAUAAUUGCGUUUUCUAAUGUCAUCAACCCCAAAUAGCAUUAUUAUCCAAACAGAGAAGCUUUUGAUUUUUCGUUCUCGCACUAAUACACAAACAAUAGAAGCAAAGCUAAGAGUAGUGAGCCAAACCAAGAAAGCGAGAUAGAAAGCAACACUUAAAAGAAAUGUAUUCAUAUAUAUGUAUAGAAAUAUAAACAGCUAAAUAGAUAGCAGUGUGGAGAGAGAAAACCGUGCAACAACGUGCAACACAUGUUUGUGCCGUGCCACGUGCAACACAGUGAAACAAUGAAAAGCAAUGUGAACAAGCAAGCAAAAGCUAGAAACUAGAAAGGGAGUGUUGAGAAGAAAACAGCCAACCAGCGCGAGAGAAGAGAAAAUAUAUUCUAUGUUGAAAAAUGACAA